AUGGCGUUGCUGCAAGCGGUGGCGGCCCAACCUGUCAUUGUGGCUGUCGACCCAAAGGCCUUCCAGCGCUAUGGAGGAGGCGUCUUUGUGGGUCCGUGUGGGACGAAUCGAACCCAUACAAUGACGGUGGUCGGCUAUGGCACCACCCAUGAUCAUGACCCCAAGAGACGCAUGCAAUACUGGAUUAUAAAGAACUCGUGGGGGACAAAAUGGGGUGAAAACGGCUACAUCCGCAUGGUGCGCGGAGCCGGUCCCUCCAAGCAGGGCUUAUGUGGCAUCCUGAUGGAAGCUUCGUACCCAGUGAAAAAAUAG